GUUAAAACAGUGCACACACUUUUGUCGGAUGGAGAAUACAGAUUUUUUAAAAACAAACAAAUAUUAGAGAAAAUAACAAAAAAAUUCCCUUAUUUGGAUAUGUGUAAAAUCCUUAACAUACUUUUAGGCCAUCCUGAUAGUUUUAAUUUAGAGUUAAUAUAUCCUAAAAUCUGUCUAAAUUAUAUAAAAACUCAUCGCCGCUUUCUUAUUGGCGCAUAUAAUACGCUCUCCAAAUUAUUUUUAAAAUCUGCCAUGUGGCAAUCUACAUGAGAAAAAAAUUAAUGGGAACUUACAUUGGAGGUGCACCUUUUAUGAUUUUUGCUAUUUUUUGUGUAAUUUUUUGUUUCUUUGAAGGUGCAAUUCUACUAUUUUUAGUUUCUUUCUUGUAUUUGGAGUAGUUUCUAGUGUUGCAAUUGCUAUAAUUUUACGAACUUUUCUGGCGUUUCCCGUUAAAUUAUUUUUUCCGCUAUUGCAUUGAAUCUAAUAGCAGAAUUCACUAUGAUGAAAACCAAAAGUAGGGUUGUUCAUUAUGAUCGGAUAUUCAAAAUCCGAACCGAUCUAUUCAAUUUCAGAUUUCGGAUUGGAUUGGAUUUUGGAUUGUAUUUUUUAAAAUUUCGGACUUCGGAUUGAUAUAUUUUAAUCCGAUUCGAUCCGAAAUCCGAAAUUAUUAGGGCGUGUAUACACUUUAAUUUCGGAUAGUAAGUAUUUCCUUUACAUCAACCUCCUAGUUAUUACCUUUACAAUUGCUAGAUUUAGCUAUAUUGGUACCAUAGUGCUCUCAUAAUUGCAUAAACAUGAAUUUUUCUUAAUCUAUUGCCUUUUUUACAAAGAAAAUAUACAUAUUAAUUUAACUUUGAGGCAUAUUAAUACGAUUCAAAAUCCGAUUUGAUCCAAAUUUUCAAAUCUAAUCCGAUAUAAUUCGGAUCAGAUUCAAAUUGCAUUUUCUAGAAUUCGAAAUAUGCUAAAUCGCACAUCCCUAACCAAAAGUACUCACUUUUAGACACUUAAAUAACCAAAAUAUUUAAAAGUAUAUUUAAGAAACUAUUUUAAUCCUGCCCCAAAUAUAAGUUAGGUCUGAACAUAAGUUUGAAAUUCUUUUUCAACGUGCAGGAUUUUUAUUUUAACUUUUUUAUUGCCACCUUCCUGAUUGAUUAAUAUAAACAUAAUUGUUUAUUAAUUAAAUUUAAUAAUCCUAACCACAACUAUGAAUCAUCACUCGUUAAUUUACUUCAGUUUCUCCUUUACACCAUCUUCUUUCCAAUUCCUAGCUCCUUUACUUCAGUUUCUCUACUCCAAAACCCUAAAUUCAAAACAAUAAUCUUUUCUGCAGCGGCUUUUCUUAGUGCAAGGUGAGAUUUUUUGUGCUUUAUGUCUAUGUAUGGAUCCUUUUUGAAAAAUUAAAAUCUUUUAAAUUUAUUGUAAUGAUUUUUAUUCUUUUUAAAAUCUUUUUAGUCUGAUGUUUAUGCUUUGCUAAUGAUUUUCUUUCAAAGAAACCCCCACCCGAUCUACAGAGAUAGCUUGAAUUUUAUCCUUAUAGUGGCUAAUGAGGCCUUAAACAGUAGUACUCUAGGCAUAAAAAUGAAAAGAAAUUGGAAAAAUGACACCGCAUAUAUAGCCGCUAUAAAAAAAUAACAGUAAAAAUAUACAAAUUAUAUAAACAAAAUCAAAUUAAACAAAUUUUGAUACACUUUUUUGGCUAUCAGAUACAAUUUGUAUAAAAGAGAAUGGCCUAACAAAGAUCUCAUAUGUUUUGUUAUGAUUUCCUGUACUACAUUUUAUUAAUCUUCAUGAAUAAAUGUCAUAUAACAAAAGGAUACUUGUAAUAUGCCAUCAGACCAUAUGUUAUAUAUAUGUGAAAACACCUCAUUAAUUUGAAACCAUUUUCAAAUUGUUUUUGGAGGCUAGGACGGCAUCCCGCUCAAUCCAGUUUGAAGUCGUCUGAACCUGAUACUCUGCUUCUACUUCAAACUCAUCAUCCACCCUUCAUAGUUCACGUUCAUAUAGCGGGACUUUCAAACGAAGAAUUACCUCUGAUCAAAUUUUGCUACUCCACAUUGGUCUUCUUUUAAUUUGACGUGAAGAACAGAAUGUCUUUCAACAACAGGGAUGGGAAAGAAUAAAUUUUUGUACAGGGACAACAUCGGAAUCAAGAAGAAAAGCCGAAGAGAGACAAAGCUAAUUGACAUGGAAGGCAUUCAGGGUGGCGAAAGAUCUCUUGCUCAUGCAACAGCUUCUACCAAACAUAGUCUUCCAUCAAUGGAGGAGGAAGUAGUUGGUUUUGAGGAUGAUGCAAAAAUCAUAAUUCAACAAUUGACUGGAGGAACAAAGGAACUAGACAUUAUCUCGAUUGUUGGAAUGCCAGGACUCGGCAAAACCACUUUGGCUAGAAAGGUGUUUAAGUAUUUUAUUGAUAAUAGACACUUUGAUGUUAGAGCAUGGUGCUCUAUUUCAAAAGAAUAUAGCUCGACGAAGGUGUUCUCUGAGAUUCUUAAACAAGUCAAAGGCAGUAUGAAUGGUAUAAGAGAUGAAGACAUACCUCACGAGUUGCGAAAGAGUCUAAUGCGCAAGAGAUACCUCAUCUUGUUAGACGAUAUAUGGGAAGUUAAGGCAUGGGAAGAGUUGCGAUUAUCUUUCCCAUAUGGAGAAGAUGGAAGCAGAGUAGUGGUAACAACUCGAGAUGAACAAGUGGUUAGGCAGCUUAAGCUCCACAGCGAUCCAUACUUUCUUCGUUUUCUCACAGUGGAUGAGAGCUGGGAAUUACUCCAGAAGAAAGUUUUUCAAGGAGAAAUCUGUCCACAAGAGUUGCUCGAGGCAGGAUUGCGAGUUGCCAAAAACUGUAAAGGAUUACCACUUGUGAUUGUCUUGAUUGCUGGAAUUAUUUCAGAGAAAAGGCAAGCCUCUUUGUGGUUUAAGGUCGCAAAUGAUUUAAGUUCCCAUGCCUUAGAAGAGAAAAGUAUGAGCAUAAUAGAAUCAAGUUACGAACAUUUGAAAGAUCACUUAAAGGCUUGCCUUCUUUACAUGGGAUUGUUUCCAGAAGACUACAAUAUUCCGGUUUCUAAUUUGCUAAAGUUGUGGAUGGCUGAAAAUUUUGUACAGAAUUCGGACAUAUAUAACUUGGAGGAAGCAUGUACAAAUUUCUUGAAUGAUCUAGCGAGCAAAAGCCUUGUAAUGGUUUCUAAAAGGAGAGAUAAUGGUGAGAUAAAGUACUGCACUCUUCAUGAUGUAGUGCGUGAGUUUUGCUUGAGAAAACUUGCUAAAGAAAAGUAUAUGCAGGUCAUAAUCCCGCAUAAUCCAGACCAAUCUUCAGGUGCAAAGGAACCUCGAUUAUGUAUGUACGUUCAUGACGAUCUGGUCAAGCAGUUGAUGGAGUAUGAAUAUUCAUUGGAUAAAAUUUCAAUGUUGGCGGAGUUGAGUGAAGUGGGAUCAUUUGCUAAAUGUCAUGGUAGGUCUCUUGAGUUCAUUGCUCAUCCAAAACUCUAUAAAUGGGACCUGAGUUUGACAAAUCAUGUCCUUUUACUUGAUUGCAUUAGAUUUAUUCGGGUGUUGGAUUUGUUGAAUGUCUACUUGGAGGGAAGUUCUUGGGCUAGGGCAAUGCAAGCAGUAACUCACUUGAGGUAUCUUGCAAUUCGUACCGAUGAAUUUCGUUUCACGUGGGUAUCACACCUACUAGAUCUGCAAACUUUGCGGGUGGGGUGGCACUACCCUAAUCCAUCUGGCCGUAGGAUAUCCCCUUCUGGUCUUUUGGAAAUGCAGAAGCUAAGGCAUGUGGAUAUCAAGGAACUUCAAUUCGCAUGGGAUAACAAUGAUCGAGCAAUUUUCGAAGAAUCUUCACAAACUGUGUUACCAAACUUGAAGUCUUUCGGGAAAUACCGGAUAUAUUUAUCAGAUAUGACUCCGGAGUUCUGGUGGAGAUUUCCAAAUAUUGAACAACUCAAGCUCCACAUUGUUGAACCAUCUGUACCGAGAUAUCGUAAGUUUCUCACACCAGAAUUUGAUAUGCCAAAUCUUGAACAACUCCCACUUCAAUCUCUCGAAGUGGGCUUCUCAGACAUGCCACGCUCGCCUCACUACGGAAUCGGAAGGGGCAACUGUAUUGUUUUCCCCUCAAAUCUAAAGGAAUUGUCCAUUCAUAGCAUUGCCCUAACAGAAAAAGUUGUUUCAAAUACUGCAAGACUGCGAAAUCUUGAGAAACUCAAACUACGUCGAAUCCGCUUCAAGGAUGAAGAAAUCGGAUGUUGGGAUGUAGGUGAUUACAAGUUCCCAGCACUCAAAUAUUUGAACUUAAAAUUUGUUUAUGUGACCGAAUGGCGCUCCUCAGAGGCAUCUUUCCCCGUGCUUGAGAAACUGGUUAUACGUCGUUGUGAGUAUCUUCAAGAGAUCCCGUCUAGCUUCGCAGAUAUCCAAACACUGAAGUUGAUCAGAUUGACGGGCUGCAUGCAGUCAGUUGAGGAUUCAGCUCUGAACAUUAAAAAAGAAGUAGAGGAUAUGACAGGAUGUGACUCUCUCCAAGUUCAACUUGAUUUUAAAAAUAUGCCUCAUGGAAGAAAAGAUCACGAUUUACAAAUAUUUAAAAGUUACUAGUGCAGUUUUUGCUCCCAACGAUUAUAUGAGCAGUUUGUGUUUAAAUAUACAGCUAUUUAAUGUUUCUCUUGUUAAUUUUUAGUGGUAAUAUUAAUUUUGUACCA